AUGAAAAGAUUACAUAUACUAUUUGCUAUAGUAUCUAGUUUUUGGUUAUUAGGUAUAGUCGUAUACCUGGUGAAUACCAAAUCGGUGACUGAGAAUCUAUCACUACCAGAUAAACCAGUGUUUCAAUGUGAACACAUCGAUAUAGUUUAUACUUGGGUCAAUGGUAGUGAUCCUGUACAUAUACAAUCAAGAGUAGAGAGAACUGGAGGUGGUAGUAGAUAUUCAUCACCAGGUAACAAUAGAUUCCGUGAUUUGAUGGGAUUAAAGUAUUCAUUGAGAAGUCUGAAAAAGUAUGCACCUUGGAUACGUAGAAUCUUUGUAGUAUCCGACAAUCAAUAUCCAUCAUGGUUCGACAAAUCAUCAGAUGAAGUUAGAUUUGUAUUCCAUAAAGAUUUCUUUUUAAACAAAGAGGAUUUACCAACAUUCAAUUCAAACUCGAUUGAAUCAAACUUUUUUAAUUUACCAGAUGAAGUAUCUGAUUGUUUUCUUUAUUUUAAUGACGAUAUUUUCGUUGGUUCUCCAAUUCAAAUUAAAGAUUUCUGGGAUCCAACAUAUGGACAAGCGAUAUAUAAAUCAUCAUGGACAGCACCACAGCCAAAAGAGAAAAUGGGUAAUAUCUGGCACAGAUGUAUUGCAUACACCAACGAGUUGUUGAACGGCAUGUGGGGAGUCGAUAAUCACAGUCGUCACUAUGCAUCGCACGGUGCCAACUUUUUCAAUAAACCGAUUCUCAAGAUGAUGCAACAGGCGAUGCCAGAGGCAUUCGCCAUAACAUCGUCGAACCCGUUCCGUCGUGAGAACGAUCUACAGAUUCCAUUCCUCUACUUGCAUCUCCGUCCAAAGACAGUGUGUCUAAACGAUGGUCUCAACGCCGACAAUCCAAAUCUAAGCGUCAUAGAAGCGCUUAGUGUUUUCUUUGAAAACUACUUCCCAGAGAGAGGCUCUUGGGAAGUGAAUCAAGAUUAA